AGUGGUUUCCUGCGAGUGCGGAAGAAGAAAGUUUGUGUCAGAAUCAAGAGUGUUUUCCUUGUAUUUAACUUUAUUUUUUGCUAAAACAAAAUAUUCAUCGUCUUAAUCUAACAAAACCAAGUACAUUUUUUUGUUAAAAUAAACAUUGAGGAUUCAAAAUGAGAAGUGUGAAGGUCAUCCUCACUAUCGAAUUUAUUUUUGAAUUGACAUUGUGGUGUUAUGGUAAAACCACAACGUCUACCACCCUCUCCACCACAAGUAUGCCGCCAUCAAACAAUUUAACAUCGAAUGCUUCACUGAUACUUUCUACGACUGUUCAGAACACGACGAAUGCGACAGGAAGUACGACGAUACUUACCCCGGUUUUCACAACAACUAUUAGUCUUGCGUCAAUAAACAAUAUUACAUCGAACAUGUCGAAUUCUUCGACAACAGUUUCACCAAUCGUUCAAAACACAACCAUCCCAUCACAAAGUACGACACUGCUUUCAUCUGUGUCCAGCACCAAGAAUGGUUUGGACAACUUAACAACCACAACUCAAAUGAUCGAUUCAGCGAGUAUGGAAAACAGAACUAAGACAAUCAGUAGUAAUACCUCGGAAACAAGUAAUACAAGUACAACUAAUCAAACAUCUACUUUUUCAUCGACUCAAGCCGUGAAAUUUUACAAUGAAAGCACCGUCUCAACAACAAAACAACCUAGCAAUAUGAGUAGUGUGAGUUCAAGUCUCAAAACAACGACAACAAUGAAAAUGAUGAAUAAUUCGACAAAAAUUCCAACCACAACCACUCAGAUCAUCCUUUCAACAACCUUAGCAAAAACAAGUCAAAGACCUAGUACAACCACUGUUCCUAGGGUUUUACCUUCCACUUCCAUGAAAACUACACAAGCUAUGAUGACGUCAUCAAAAAUUCCAACAACCAAAUUGAUGGCGGAAUCAACACAUGAUCAAGUCAAGUUAGCUCCAGGGGAAAGCAAGGAUCAUGGCGAUGUCUCUACAAAAGUUGCAGUCUCUGUGGUUGCUGUUGUCAUCUUCAUCUUGAUUUCGGCUUUAAUCAUCAUCUGCAUCUUAAGAAAACGCUCGAACUCCAGAGGAAGUCCAAAAAUAAACACAAACACCGGUUUCACACCGACGGUACAUUCGCCAAGCAACAUUAAACUGGAUUUCGAAAAUCUAAAUGACGCGUCUGCCCCAGGGGAGUUUCUCAUGGACAAGUCAAUGAUUGACCUCGAAUCUCCCACACCCGAAAACGAGGCUCUGCAGACCGUAGCUUUAUUGGAUCACGCAACAGAUGAGUUUGGAUCUAGGGAGAUAACCACUUUCCACCCGAGCAAAAACGAGAAAGAGGACGAAUUAAACACAUCUGGGAAUAAAAAUGGUGAGGAUGAACAGGAUUCUUCAGACGAUGAAUCAUCGGAAGAAGAAGACGAGGAACCGAAAAUGGGGGAGAAGAAUCAUGACAAACGUCAAGAUAACCCAGAAGAUAAAAGUUUACCGGAAGUAGGGAAUGGUGAAAAGACAGUGAAUAGCAAUUCCGAGUCUGACGUUGCAGUGAAGGAAGAUAGUUCGAUGCCAAUGACGACUUUCGUUUUGGAAUCUGAAAUUCCAAACGCUCUUCCUCAAGAAUCUCAAAGAAAAAGUGUUAAAGUCUCUGAGCUUUGAUAAAAAUGAUGUUAGAUAAAA